AUGGAACCUGAACAGCGCAUAACCAUGCAACCUGAAGAGCCCACAACCAUGGAGCCUGAAGAGUUCACAACCAUGGAACCUGAACAGCGCACAACUAUGGAGCCUAAAGUGUUCACAACCGUGCAACCUGAAGAGCGCACAACCAUAAAGCCUGAAGAACCAUCAACUAUGGAACCUGGAGAACCCACAACCAUGGGACCUGAACAGCGCACAACUAUGGAGCCUAAAGAGUUCACAACCGUGCAGCCUGAGGAGCCCACAACCGUGCAACCUGAAGAGCACACAACCAUAAAGCCUGAAGAACCAUCAACCAUGGAACCUAAACAGCGCACAAUUAUGGAGCCUGAGGAAUUCACAACCGUGCAGCCUGGCAAGCCCACAACCAUGGAGCCUGAAGAGCCACCAACCACGGAAUCUAAACAGCGCACAACUAUGGAGUCUGAAGAGCCCACAACCAUGGAGCCUGAAGAGUUCACAACCGUGCAGCCUGGAGAGUUCACAACCAUGGAACCUGAACAGCGCACAACCAUGCAGCCUGAAGAGCCCACAACCAUGAAGCUUGAAGAGUUCACAACCGUGCAGCCUGAAGAGCUCACAACCAUGGAACCUGAAAAGCGCACAACCAUGAAGCCUGAAGAGUUCACAACCGUGCAGCCUGAAGAGCUCACAACCAUGGAACCUGAAAAGCGCACAACCAUGAAGCCUGAAGAGUUCACAACCGUGCAGCCUCAAGAGCCCACAACCAUGGAGCCUGAAGUGUCCACAACGGAACCCGAAGAGCCCGGAACCAUGGAACCUAAACAGCGUACAACAAUGGAACCUGAAGAUUUCACUACCGUGCAGCCUGGAGAGCCCAUAACCAUGGAACCUGAACAGCGCACAACCAUGCAACCUGAAGAGCCCACAACCAUGGAGCCUGAAGAGCCACCAACCACGGAAUCUAAACAGCGCACAACUAUGAAGCCUGAAAAGUUCACAACCGUGGAACCUAAACAGCGCACAACUAUGGAGCCUGAAGAGUUCACAACCGUGGAACCUGAAGAGCACACA